AUGGCGCAUCGCGGACUCGUGGUGCUCGCGCCGCUGCUGGCCGCCGCCACGAACCCGCUGGUGCCGCACACGGGCAUGGCGGACCCCCACGUGCACGUCUUCAACGGCACGCUCUACAUGUACAGCACCCACGAUCUCAUCGAGCAGGGGGCGUCGGGCUGCUGCGGCGGCGACUGGUGGAUCUGGACCGCGCCCUACCCCGGCGGCCCCUGGACGAACGUGUCGAGCCAGGGCCUGCCGGCCUGGACGCCCGAGUCGCUCAAGGAGACGAACAGCCUGUGGGCGACGGACGCCGCGGAGCACAAGGGCAGGUACUACUGGUACGUGUCCAUCGGCGGCAAACAGAUCGCCGUCUUCGAGGCCGACGCCCCGACGGGCCCCUGGCGGGACCCGCUCGGCGACUUCCUCCUCGCCAACGGCUCCUCCCUCAGCCCGCCGACGAACAUCCGGGACCCGGGCGUGCUCCGCGACGACGACGGGCGCCACUAUAUC